UGAUGAGGUCAUUGAGAAUGGCUCCUCCUCUUCCUCUGAUCUUUCUGCUCAUGACUGUUGGAGCUUUUGGAACAGAGUGGAGUGUGAAGUACAACCAACAGGAAAUAUGUGCUUUAAAAGGAUCCACAGUGUUUAUGAAUGGAACUUAUACUCACCCAGAACGUCUUACAGUGACAGAGACCUUUUGGGGCAUAGAUCCAGUUCCACAGGUGGAUCUGACUGAUCUGAGUAAAGACCCAGAUUAUUCAGGCAGAGUUGAGUGUUUAACUGAUGAACAGAAACACUUCUCCCUCAAACUGAGUGAUGUAAUGAAGAAGGAUGAACAUAUGUUCGGCUUCAGAAUCAUAACAAAUGAAAAAGAAAGAUGGCUGGGUACACCUGGAGUUCAGCUCAGAGUUACAGAGCUCCAUGUAGAAACUCUUUAUGAAGUGACAGAGGGAGAAACAGCAGAUCUGGCAUGUAAAACCACCUGCAGUCUGACUGACCCAACAUUCAUCUGGUACAAAAAUGGACGUCCUUUAACCACAAAGACCAUCAAGAACAACCAGCUCCACCUGCAGACAGUCAGCAGUGAGGAUGCAGGCAGUUAUAACUGUGCUGUAAGAGGAUAUCAACAUCUCAACUCUACUGCUCACAACCUCAGAGUCAGAUAUCCUCCAAAGAGCGUCUCUGUGUCCAUCAGUCCCUCUGGUGAAAUAACGGAGGGCAGUUCAGUGACUCUGACCUGCAGCAGUGAUGGAUACCCACCUGUGAAGAUCUACACCUGGUUUAAAGAAGGUGGAACCUCACCUGUAGGAUAUGGAAACAGUUACAGCAUCAUCAGCAUCAGUGCUGACCACACUGGACUGUACUACUGUGAAGCUCAAAAUGACCAUGGAGCUCAGAAUGGAACUGUGAUGGUCACUGUUAAGAUCUCUCUACACCUUCUCUCACCAUCCUCUGUCCAGAACGCUGACCCUAAUGCUAAGGAUGACUCAUACACAGCUCUUCAGCCCACAGCCAGGUCCUCUGAUGAUGUGUACCACACACUUGCAGCUGUUCAGUCCAGUUCUCCUGAUGACCCGUACACAGCUCUGGACCCUCAGUCCAGUUCUGAGUACGACACUCCAGCAAAUCAGCUCAGUGUUGUAGAGGAGCUGCUGGAGUUAGAGAGGAGAGAAGUGAAGCUGUAA